AUGUCAAAACGUCUCGAUGAAAUGAAAUGGAUUUGGUCAUUACUGGUUCUUUACCUCGGUCCUGUGUUGAGCCCGGUAAAUUGUGGUGCUCUGCCAACACAACCCAACAAACCAACUGCUACUGGAGUUAUUGAGUCUCAGGCUAAAUAUUUUCAGGAUUUUUUCUCAGUACAGUUGAGUCCCUACAAGAUUGAGUUUGGCCACGUAUGUGAAGACCCGAACACGUGGGAACAACGAUACGAAAAGAAAGAUUACAAAAACCACAGGGAUAUGGGAAAAGUCCGAUGGGGAGAUAAAAAGGGGGGAUAUGGUGAACAUUAUUGGGAUUUAAAUCAUGCCGGUCAUAACAACGACCAUGAUGAUGGUGAAUACAAUUCAGAUGGUUACCAUGACGACCAUGACUCCUACGAUGAACCCAGUGAACAGUCUUCUCACUACGAAGAGGAUAUACCAAAUGAUAACUCUAGUUAUGAAGAAACAGAACGUAAGAAGAGAGCUAAUUCUCAAAAGGGUAAAAAUUUAGAUGAUCAACGACAUCAAGUCCGAGAAAUCGAUGAUAGAGAUGACGAAAUCGUUUACAAAGAAAGAACGAUAAAACAGCAUAAAAGGAGAUCUCACGAGCCCAAGAAACGAGAGAAGAACGAUAUCGUGCUAAUCGUUAAACAGAGGGAUAUAGAAGACGAGGAGGAAGAGCACGAAUCACACCAAAAAGCUUCAUCUAUUGAAGAUAGUACUAGACAUCAUCAAAAUCAAGACAACUCAAAUGAACCAGUAACAAAAGGCAACCCCGAACAAUCGCCAAACGAUGAAUGGUCAAUGAGACAGAACCAAAAUCUAGAGAGUUCCGUAGCUCCUAGCAACUUAGCACCAGAACCAACUCCAAAUCCUUAUGUAAGGGCCAGAGUGCUCAAUCAACAAGAUCAUAAUGUACCAAGAUUAUUUCUAGACGCAGCAACAGGACGUGUGAUAGACAGAGCCACGGGCCAAGCUUAUGUGUUGCAGCCAAUAAUUGUGAAUCAGUAA